AAUCCCCAACGGUACUUCUUCUUUCUCAAUCUCUUCUCCAGCUAACCCGAUAGAGGCGCGUCCCUGUUGUCGCGGUCGGACAGUCGAGCCUCUCUCUCCAGCAUCGUCUUCGAUUCCUGCUCCGCUCCGCUUUCAUGGAACUCCAGCCUUGCUCGAUUUAGGGUUUCUCUCUUCGUCCGGAAAUCUCCCGCGUCGCCGUCGCCGUCGAAGGGAUGGGCGUCCUUUCCCUAUCGAACCCCACCUUCGCUACUCCUUUCCUCGGCCAGAAACUUUCGUGCGGUGGGAAUUCAAAGAAGCCAGCGUCUUCGAGUGCUGCCGUUAGGACGCCUAGAUGUGCGCUUGAAGGUAGUGCUCCAACAUUUCCUCGACACAAUGUUUGGGAUCCUUAUAAGUGCCUUGGUAUCGGCCGUGAUGCUUCCGAGGAGGAAAUCUGGAGUUCGCGGAAUUUUCUCCUACAGCAGUAUUCUGGACAUGAACGUAGUGAAGAGUCAAUAGAAGCUGCUUUUGAGAAAUUACUGAUGACAAGCUUUCAGCAAAGAAAGAAAACUAAAAUCAAUUUAAAAAGCAGAUUAAAGAAGAAGGUUGAGGAGUCACCACCUUGGGUCCAGAAUCUACUCAAUUUUGUGGAACUUCCUCCAACUGAUGUUAUAUUUAGACGAUUAUUUCUCUUUGCAUUUAUGGGUGGGUGGAGCAUCAUGAACUCUGCUGAAGGUGGACCAGCAUUUCAGGUGGCAGUCUCUUUGGCAGCUUGCAUAUAUUUCUUGAAUGAGAAGACAAAAAGCUUAGGUAGAGCUUUUGCUAUUGGACUGGGAGCACUUGCAACCGGCUGGGUUUGUGGUUCUGUCCUUGUGCCGAUGAUCCCAACAUUUUAUUACAACCGACCUGGACACUUGAACUCUUAACAUCCCUAGUGGCAUAUGUGUUCUUAUUUCUUGCCUGCACCUUUCUCAAGUGAUGGUCUUAACUAUAGUGGCACUGGAAUUUUGUUGCAUCCAGAGUUUAUCAUGUGACCAAUUUGUAUUGCAAAUUCAAAUGUUUGAAAAUGUCGGACUUCCAUUUCAUUUCCAUCCAUGUACAUUCUCUUUGUUUGUCAGAGAAUAGUAUUGACAAUACUGAUUUCUCGCGGAUGAUGGUCUCCUCAUUUUAUAGCAUGUGGUCCAUCCAGUUAUAGCUUA